ACCCGACCUCCAAGGCCUCUUUCCCUGCCUCCCUGCUUCAUUUUCAAAUCUCUCCACCUCUGUCUCUCAUUCACCAUGCUUUCUCAGUACCCGUUAUUCACAGUGGGUACCUGGGGCACUGCCUGAGUGGGUGUGUAUGCAUUUGAGUGGCCAAAACUCAAAACCCGUUUACUUCCUUCACCUCUAACCACUCAAACUGCUUCUCACAGUGAAACCUGACCCUCCGGAAUCAGUCAAAAUAAAGCCAGUGCUCAAAGCCGCUCAUAAACUGUCCGUGAGCUGGUCGUACCCUCAGACCUGGCAGACAGGGUUCUAUGCACUCAAGUUUGAACUUGCCUACAGCAUGCAGAACACAGACAUGUUUCAGAACAAGGUUAGCCUACUGGAAACCAGUUUUGUGAUCACUGAUGCCUUGCCCGAUGUGAACUACACCGUGAGGGUCCGAGCGAAGGAGGAGUUUGAUCAUGGUGCUUGGAGUAACUGGAGUGAGCCUGUGUAUGGCAUGCCAUGGGCAGAUCCUGAGAGAAACAAGAUUCCUGAGGACAACACCGAAGGCCUUCCCUCUGGCCUUGCGGAGUGUGAAGACUGUGACUGGGAGGGAACCACACCACAGGAGUCUCAAUCUGAGCAGUGGGGGAGCUUUCCCUGGUAUGGCUUGUUACUGCUCAUAGUGAGCCUUUCGCUUGUGAUUGGCCUGUUCGCCGUGAUAGUCAUCAGGUACCGAAAAAAGUGGAAGGGGCAGUCUGCCGAGAAGGGCAGUGGUGGGCACCCUCCUGAGUAUCUGCCCGUGCGGCUGCUCACCAUCUCUGAUGGUGACGGAGCAUCCAAGGCCCCAGAGUGCAUCGCUGAGACUGCCCUGCAGUGCGGCUCAUCUCCCGAGAGCAGGAGCACCACCAACGCCUCAGAUGACCAGCCGCAUUUCGACCUGAUAAACAUGGGCUACUUCUACAUCCCGCAAUAAGCGAACGGCACGGAAUACUGCCUUCCUCGAUUCGAGACAGAGAGGGAAGCAAAUCCUCAGACUAAGUACUACCUCACGCUGCUGCUGACUGCCAACGGAGAAUGUCUUCCAUUGGCGGGAAGGAUGUUGACACUCCUGGGGUUCCCCACCCCCAAAGACGGGUGACAAAGCUGACCACGGUUUUGGGGGUCCUGUCUGCUUCCAUGCCUUUGCUCGCGCUACGUGUCACGCACGCUCUCCGUGGGGCAGACUCCCCUCCGGCAGGCUGAGCGUGUCAAUUCUUGUUUCGAACAUCUACCUCACCGGGCAGCCACGUCGGCUUGUCGUGCCUUGGCCCCAAGCUGGGAAGGCCUCGAGACGGAGGAAAUGCCACCACUCCGAGACCACUGCCCAUCCGACUGUCGGCAGCCAGCAGAUGACCGAGUCUGCAGCUUUGACCUCGCCGGGGAGGCUUGGGACUUUGCAGGUCAAAGUUCGCCUGGGGGCUUCCACACCGCUGAGCACCUGGGCGUCCAUUUUCACUCAUGCAAAAUGGAAAGUGCUCACCACAAAAUGGUGACAGACUGAAAAGAGGAUCGCGAUGCCAGUGGGAUGAACUUUUUAAGACUGUUCCAACUUCCUUUCCGUUUUGUAAAAUUCCUGUAUGCCCAAUGACAGACGUUUCCUUUCAGUGUUGUUUCUUAGCUUGAAUGUGCCACUUAUAAACAAAGAUGGAAAUUGCUGCAAAAAGCUCAGCAGGUCUGACAGACAACCGUGGAGAGAAAUCAGAGUUUCGGGUCAGUGACCCUUCCUCAGAGCUGAUGGUUGCUGGGGAAAAUGCCUCUUCAUAUGCAUAGGAUAGGGAGGGGAUAAGGAAUAAACGAUAGUUGGGGAUAGAGUAGAGAGAGAGAACAGUUGGACAGAGAAAGGAGUGGAUAACAGUCUGGCCGGGAGGGUGAAUAGCUGUCAGUGGCUAACUGUUGUGUGUAAGAGCAGACUGUGUGAUAACAAGGCCUGGUUGGGGGGGUGGGACAUGGGAGAGCUGAGACCCUAAAGUUAUUGAACUUGACAUUGAAUCUGGACAGAUGCGGGGUUCCCAGGUGGAAAGUGACAUGCUGUUCUUCCAGCUUAUGCUGAGCUUGGCUGGAGCAGGCCUGAGACAGAGAGGUGUUGCCCAGGGAACAGGG